UCUGAAAAUUCAUUUAUUGUGUCUAAUACUGUGUAAAAAUGGAUUUCAAGUCAGCUGUUUAUCUUAUCAUCUUUGGAAUAGCAUAUUUGAUGAUUGUACAAGUAGGAGCAAUAUCACAGUCAUCUAUUGUUCUGGAUAACGGAGGAUAUACCAAUAUUGUGGUAGCUAUUGAUGAACUUCUGGAAGAGAAUGAUAGAUUGAUUCCUGCAAUAAAGAAAAUGUUCAUCGAUGGGUCACGUUAUUUGUAUCAGGCGACAAGAAAACGAGUAUACUUCAAAAAUGUCACCAUUUUAAUCCCAUCAAACUGGACAACAAGACCGGAGUAUGGAUCACCAGGACGAUUGACCUUUGACAUGGCUGACAUCAGGGUGGCACAGCCAAAUCCUCUGUAUGCCCCUGGUCCUUACACCCAUCAGGUCCAGGGAUGCGGAAAGCCUGGAAGCUACAUUCAUUUCAUCGAAGAAUUCCUGACGAACCCUGGAUAUACGAGUUUUUAUGGACCCUUAGGAAAGGUUCUGGUACAUGAAUGGGGACAUCUCAGAUGGGGACUGUUCAAUGAAUACCCGGAUCCAGUGGGUGAUCAAAAUGACAUACGCCAUUUCUACCAGUCCAUGGAAGAUGGAAAAUACAAGCCCGUGGUGUGUAGCCUGGGAAUUGAUGUUACACCAAUGACCAUCAGAUCAGAUGAGGGCAGACGUCGUUAUGUAGAAUGCCAGGGAGACAAAGACAUUGGGUAUGAGGAAGGGUGUAUGGUAACGCCAAGAGGACCCGGGUCUGCUACGGGGUCUAUCAUGACUUCUCUUCUAAUAUUUGAAGAGAUAAGCAACUUUUGUGACAACGAUGAAAACGAUCCUGGUAACCUUCACAACAGAGAAGCACCCAACAAACACAAUCGUCUCUGUGAAUCAAGGAGUGCAUGGGAAGUUAUGAGGGAGCAUGAAGAUUUUAAAGACAACAACUCACCACCUCAGGAAUUGAGUGAUGUUGAUAUCAUGCCAUCGUUUUCACUGACACAAGCUCGAAGUAGUGAUGACUGUCGUAUAGUCUUAGUCAUUGAUACAUCGGGGAGCAUGUCUACGAAUGACAGAAUUACGAAAGCGGAGAGUGCAUCCACUGCUUUUAUUGAUCUGGCCACUGAAGGAACAUGGGUUGGUUUGGUUGGUUUUACCGAUAGCACUGAUAUAAUACAUGGGUUGAUACAGGUCAAUUCGUCAACUGAAAGAUCUUCGUUACUUGACAGCUUGAACCUUGUCGCAUCGGGCGGGACAUGUAUUGGAUGUGGUUUAGAGACUGGACUACAGGUGUUGCGAGAUCAUCCGUCAGGAGACCUAGCUGGAGCAGACAUUUUAUUGAUGACUGACGGAGAAGACGGCGGUUUUGCAACCCAUACUAUAAGACAGACUUUACAGGCGGAAGGGGUGAGAGUCCACACAGUGGCUAUAGGAGAUGACGCUUACGGGGAACUAAACACAGUUUCUUUGGAAACAGGAGGCCGUGCUUUCUCUUAUGGUGAUAAUGAUGGCUCUGCUAGCCUAACCACUUCUCUCAGUGAAACUGUUCGGAGCUGUAAAGGAACACAACGCGUAGAGCUUUGUGCAAUCGGUGCUGCUCUUGGUGACGGAGGCGUGAAAUCAGGACACAUCUAUAUUGAUCCCUCGAUAGGCUCUAGGACCCAGUUCAUAGUAACUUACACUGAAGGCUCAGAUGUCACACCAGGAGUUACCCUUACCCUAACCCGGCCAAACAACACGACGAUAUCGACUGGUAGUCCUGAAUAUAAUGACGAUGUCCACAGGAAGGUCAUCAACGUUGUAAUCGACGGUAAGGCAGAGUCCGGCAGAUGGUUUUAUCAAAUUGAAAACAAGUAUCCUGGAACACAGUCUGUGACAUUCUCCGGCUAUUCUUCACCGAAUCCCGAAGAGGCAGAAGAAGUAACCGUUAUAAAUGUGAAGUCCUACACCAGCACUUCGAUCUUAGACCAAUCUGAAAAUGUAAAAGCACUUGUCACAUAUGCUGAGGUCACAAAAGGGUCCCUGCCUGUUAUUAAUGCAUCCAUCCAAGCAAGUGUGGAACGACCGGGAGGCGAUAUCAUAACAUAUGAUCUCCUAGACAAUGGUGCAGGUGCCGAUGUCACUGCAAAUGAUGGUGUGUACAGCCGAUCAUUUCUUGACUACACUGGGGAAGGUUACUAUGGUGUCAGUAUCUCGGCAGAGAAUGAUGGAAGUGCUAUGGUCUUAGUUGGUUCACGAGGGUCGCCAGCAAUGCCCUUCAUCAACAUCACAGAUGACGGUUACGUGGUCUCAGAUACAUCUAUAGGAAACUACACCAUACCACUUCCAGGAGAUAAUAUAUUCGACAACUUGGUGUUGGAGAAAGCGGCGCCUUUUACCAGAAGCUCGUCAGCCGGUUCUACCAAUGUCCCGACUCUUCCACAGAAUUUUACACCAGGCCAAGAUCAGUUCCCACCAAACCGAGUCCAUGAUCUUCGGGUUAAACUGACAUCUCUUAACGAUUCGUCCGUUGUUCUUACUUGGACUGCACCGGGGGAUGAUCUAGAUACGGGAACUGCUGUAUCUUAUGACAUCAGAGUAUCACAUUCUUCAGCGUUGAUUUCGACCAAUUUUUCCGAUGCUACCCGAGUGGAAUUCCAUCAGGUUCUUCGAGGGAAUAUGUCAAGCCCCAAACCAUUUGGAUCGGUAGAAGAAUACGAGAUCAGGGUUGAGGACGUCCCAGGUGUCACAUCAUUCUCGUAUGCAUUUGCUCUCCGAGCCUCUGAUGACGCGGGUCUGACUAGUUCAGUUUCUAAUGUCGUGAUGGCAACAUUUAGGAGGGUGAUUCCUACAGCACCUGCCCCACCCGUUGGUCCAUGUGAUGGCAUGCUAUGUCAUAAUGGAGGCACUUUAGAUCAGAGUAACUGCUCUUGUUUGUGCUCAGAUCAGUUUCAGGGAGAGAAUUGCCAAUAUGUGAAGUCACAACUCAGAAAUGGAGUCCAGAUCGAUCUUCUUGGGAACACUGAUCAGUGGACAGCCAUUGUGGAUCCGCUCCUCGAAUCAGUGACACAACUGUUCAACAUCUUCUGCAACAAUAAUUUCGACGUCUGCUGCCAAGGCGGGAGAAAGGUUGCAAGUGAAAGAACAAAGGUCGAGUUUGUAACGAGAAAUGAUAUAAAGCUUGCUGACGGAUAUCCGGUUAUCAAAGGAACGACAGAUGAUGGAGAGUCGUAUUUAAGCUCGUUUGUUGUGUAUGGUAUUAAAGCAGCUGGCCAAGAUAUUUGUUCCGAAGCUUCAGGAUUACUGAUAAAAUGGAAACGAGAAGUUAUGUCAAAUGUCAAGAGACGAUCCAUUGAGCAUACGUUCAUCUCCAAACAUCUAUUGUUGGAAGCCAUUUCGAGUGGCCGUCUGGCCAUAUCUACCCACCUUCGAAACAUCUCAUCAAGGGAUAUCUCUAUCGUAAAUAUUACCCUACCUGUCCGAGAGAAUACGUCAGUUCCAGCAGACACCAAGCCACUGGGAACAGUAGCCAUUAUUGUAAUUAUCUGCAGUUUGAUCUUCUUGAUUGUAAUUAUUCUUCUGGCAGUCGCUUAUUACUACAAAAGGAAGAACAUUUCGGACUUGGCUGCAGCAACCAAAGCUGAACCAGAACACUGUGGCAAAACUGGGAUUGAGAAUGCGAACAAUUCAACCGGAGUUCCGAAAUGCAGCAUGAGGAUGGUUGAUGUAGAAGAUCAGAUUUAAGAGUCUCUCCAAACAAGAUUUUGGCCAAGCUUAUACGUUUCGUUGAUAAUAGCCAGAAGGUGCCUGGAAAUGUCUGGCUAUAUUCGACAGAUUCUAGGAUCUCGAUCACCAAACCUGUACUAUAUCAAACGGAUGUGAUUGAGAAUUGUAAAGAUCAAUUAUUCACUAAACUAAACUUAUUUACAGCAACUAUUGAUGUGUAUAUUUGUGUUGGAAAAUGUCGUGUUGUGUCAUUAAGA